UAGUUCCCAUCAUUGUUGCCAUUAAUAAAAUUGAUAAACCUGAAGCUAAUGUUGAGAAAACAAAACAAGAACUCUCUCAAAUGGGUCUGACCUUAGAGGAACAUGGCGGCGAUAUUCAAGUUAUACCAAUUUCGGCAAUGAAAGGCACAAAUCUUCCUUUGCUAGCAGAAGCAGUUAGUACACAGGCGACGCUAAUGGGUUUAAAAGCAGACUUCACAGGUCUAAUGGAAGGAGUUGUUGUGGAAUCUAAAACAGAUCCAAGACGAGGAAAGCUUUCUACUGCUAUAGUUAAACGGGGAACUUUACGCAAAGGAUCAGUCUUAGUUAGUGGACUUGCGCAUGCUAAAGUUAGAGGCCUAUUUGAUCAUAAUGGUAAGCCAUUGGAUAAAGCAGAACCGGGCACACCUGUAGAAAUAUUAGGAUGGCGAGAAUUACCACUUGCUGGAGAUUUAAUUCUGGAAGUUGACACAGAGAAAAAGGCUCAUUCUGUCCUUAGAUAUCGGACCCACGAAGCUCAAAAAGAAAAAGCUGAACAGAGUCUUGAAGAAAUACGUAAAAAAGAAGAAGAACAUUUGGAAAAAUAUCGAGCAGAAAGAGACGCCCGUCGUUUAGCGGGUAGAUUCCGUUUGAGACAUGGUCCCAGGUCCAAAGAGACUUUACCAGAUGACGGUACACCUCGCGUCAGUGUAAUAAUCAAAGGUGACGUACAUGGUUCGGUCGAAGCCAUACUUGAUGUGUUAGAAACAUAUAGUGGAAACGAUAAAUGUCGUUUGGAUGUAGUUCAUUACGGCGUUGGAAAUGUGUCAGAGUCUGAUAUUGAAUUGGCAAAAUCUUUCGAUGCAAUCAUUUAUGCCUUUUCGGUUGAACCGCCUGCUAAAGUUACUGGUGACGUUUCCAUACGAGUUUGUGAUAUCAUAUAUCGCUUAAUUGACGACUUAAAAGAAGAAAUCAGCAAUAAACUGCCUCCAUUAGAAGUAGAAGAUAUAUCGGGAGAAGCAAAUGUUUUACAACAGUUUUCUAUCACGGAGGGACGAAAAGAAGUACCAGUUGCAGGUUGUCGAUGCACAAAAGGUGUAUUGAAAAGGGCAUACCAAUUUCGUUUAAUGCGAAAUGGAGAAACCAUUUAUGAUGGACCUCUUGAAUCUAUGAGACAUUUAAAGAAUGAAGUAGAUUCAAUUAAAAAAGACGUUGAAUGCGGUAUACGCUUAAAAGACACCAACAUCAUACCUCAGCCUGGUGAUAUUAUAGUUUGUUAUUCAACACAUACGGAGCCACAAAAGACUGAUUGGGAUCCAGGCUUUUAAUGUUCCUCAAGAAUAAUACAAAUCAUUUACAUGUAAAUAAAUACGCAAAUAAUUCAAA